AUGAAGCAACUGGACUUUCUGAAAAGACUCGUGUCUGGGCAGAGGGACUUGGAAAAGGAGUUUAUACAGGCGCUCCUCGGAAAUGAUGUGCAAAGGAGCAUCGAACUCGGCAAAAUGCUUUUUUCCAGGAAUCCUAUGUUUCUUGUGGCAUCUCUCCUUAUUGAUUUUUUGGGAAGCCCGGAAGAUGAGGCCAAGAAGAGUCUUUUUCUAGAGUCUCUGAAGAGUGCUACUAUCAAGAGCAAUCUGAUCUGGAUGCUGUACAAGAGAGGGCUACUGAUAGAGGAAAUGCAUCACUAUGUUCAAGGGAUUUCUUUUAGGGACCAUCUUUAUUAUCUAAUUCUCAAAGAGGCAUGCAUACAUGGGCACUACAGGCUCGUUGGGAAGCAAGGUGCCUCAGAGUGCAUAGAGUUUCUUCUUGAAAGUCUGGACGACUGGGAUCUGUACAGACAUGCGCUAGAUAACGGGGUGGAGAUCUAUAAGAAAGAAAGCCUGAAUUACGAAUACUAUCUUCUCCACAAGUUGAAGGAGAAGGACAGGGCUGUCGAGCUUCUAAAGUCGAGGGUGUGCUUCAAGGAGAUAGAGUUUAUUGCUGAGAUGGUCGGGUUGGAAGGCCAUCCGCAUGAGGCAAUUGACUGUGUGAUACAGCUGAUGAGGAAGGGAUUUGAUGAAGAUCUCCUAAGGAAAGCCUACGGGGUAUAUAGAAAAGACAUGUCUGUAUUCAAUACAAAGAUGGUUAUUGCUGUCCUGGUCUCAUCACGAAAAGCACCCUUUCUUGUUCUUGCAUUGUACUUGUCUUUCAAGCACAGAAGAGAUUUCCGUGAGAGCUAUGAAGUGUUCCUAAUAUUUACAUUUUUGUGCAGGUACUUCUGGUUCUAUCCGCAUGUUCUGAAGUGUCUGGAGUCUAUGAACGUCAGGAAUGCCCAGGUGCCAAGCCUGUCGUUUAUAUGGUCUGACAUACUCGCUACUAAGGGAAUAAGCGACGAUAAGAAAAGGAUGGAGGCCAUCGACAACUUCCAGGGGUCCAUAGACGAUCUAGACAAUAGUAUCAAGUACUUUAUAAUUGUUGGGAACCUUGCACAUGCUGUAGACGCCCUUGAGCUGAGGAAGUCGAUCAAGGAGUCUGUGAUACUCGCCGAGCUGAGGGAGGGCAGAAUAAUUGGAACGAACAGCAACAAUAGUUUCUGCCACCUUCUAGGAGCACGAUGCAGCUAUCUAUUUGAGAAGAUGACUGUUGGGAGGAUGCCCAAGGGGAAGGGGAUGUUUUUAACCGACUUUUAUGUCACUGACUCUUGCACCUUAAAUGACGUAUUGCUCAAUGGGCUGUUCGAGGUUGAGGAAGACUUUGUGGCUUUCUUCAGGGAGGUGAUUGAGUAUCAGGAAGGUAUAAAUAAACAGGAGUAG